AUGUCGGACCAGCUGGCAGAUCAGCUGAGAAGCACCCAGCUCAGCGACGGCACCCCUCAAAAUGAGGACUGGAAGAAGAACCUGAACCUCCCCGCCAAGGACAACAGGCAACAAACAGAGGAUGUCACCAAAACAAAAGGCCUAGAGUUCGAAAACUUUGCGCUCAAGCGCGACCUGCUCAUGGGCAUCUUCGAAGCCGGCUUCGAGAAGCCGUCGCCCAUCCAGGAAGAGGCCAUCCCCGUGGCCCUCACGGGCCGCGACAUCCUGGCGCGAGCCAAGAACGGCACCGGCAAGACUGCCGCCUUCGUCAUCCCCGUGCUGGAGCGCAUCAACCCCAAGGUGUCCAAGAUCCAGUGCCUCAUCCUCGUCCCCACACGCGAGCUUGCCAUGCAGACGUCACAGGUCUGCAAGACGCUCGGAAAGCACCUCGGCAUCAACGUCAUGGUCACGACCGGCGGCACCGGCCUGCGCGACGACAUCCUGCGGCUCCAGGACCCCGUCCAUAUCGUGGUCGGUACUCCCGGCAGGAUCCUCGACCUCGCGGGCAAGAACGUCGCCGACCUGAGCGAGUGCCCCAUGUUCGUCAUGGACGAGGCCGACAAGCUCCUGUCGGCCGAGUUCACCCCCGUCAUCGAGCAGCUGCUGCAGUUCCACCCCAAGGACCGCCAGGUCAUGCUCUUCUCCGCCACCUUCCCCCUGUCCGUCAAGGACUUUUCCGACCGCAACAUGGUGAACCCCUACGAGAUCAACCUCAUGGACGAGAAAAGCAAAAGGUGCACUGCCUCAACACCCUCUUCUCCAAGCUGCAAAUCAACCAGUCCAUCAUCUUCUGCAACUCGACCAACCGCGUCGAGCUGCUCGCCAAGAAGAUCACCGAACUCGGCUACUCUUGCUUCUACAGCCACGCCCGCAUGCAGCAGCAGGCCCGCAACCGCGUAUUCCACGAUUUCCGCAACGGCGUCUGCCGCAACCUCGUCUGCUCCGACCUCCUCACCCGCGGCAUCGACAUCCAGGCCGUCAACGUCGUCAUCAACUUUGACUUUCCCAAGAACGCCGAAACCUACCUCCACCGCAUCGGCCGCUCCGGCCGCUAUGGCCACCUCGGCCUCGCCAUCAACCUCAUCAACUGGGACGACAGGUUCAACCUCUACAACAUCGAACGGGACCUGGGCACCGAGAUCCAGCCCAUCCCGCCCGCCAUCGACAAGAGCUUAUACGUAUACGACAACCCCGAGUCCAUCCCCCGCCCCAUCUCGAACCUCCCCAAGAACGCGCAGCAGCCCAUGCCCUCGGCACCACUGGGGCUGCCGCAGGCCCAGCAGCCCCAGGGCAACUGGCAAACCCAAAACGGACAGCACAACGGCUACAACCGCGGGCGCGGGCGCGGCCGUGGCGGCUACCGGGGACGCGGCGGAGGCGGCGGCGGCGGCGGCGGUCGCCCCCGCGGUCCGCCCCGCGAGAUCCAAUCCUAACCUCACCCUCUCACGAGCAACGGCUGGCGGUGUUGGAGAGUGGGAGACUGGCGUUUCUGGAGCACAUGUUUUCUGCAGUCACGGAGAACGGGCUGGAGCUGAUUUAUGUUGGAUUGUACAUUAUUCGCACGAUUUUUGGCGAAUGGGCGGUCGGCGUGCCGGGCUUGGUCUGCCGACGGCAGCGGCGUCGCGCGAGGACACGACCACCACGUGUCUACUGGACGACGGCCUCGCGGUUCUCUCUUUAAGCGUCGUUUUCAGCCUGCGUUGCGUUGGCGCAAACGAUGUCGAACAUACCCUGGUUGGCCGUGGGCCACUGCUGCCCGGCACUACGGUUUCUAGAGGAAGAAAGGGGCGGCAGAAGCCCCCGGAACCAGGGUUCACAGCUACUGGUCAUGGCGGAGGCGGUUGUGAGGGGAGGCGAUUUGCACGCUUUUGCAUUUGCGGGCGAGCACGGAAGACGGCGAGGCGCAUCGGGUUACUCGGCACAUUUUUCUGCAGCACUUUACGGGGCGUGGACCUAGCUGCAAGCUUUGGCGGAAGACCGGACGGGCUCGCGGGCAGACGAUGCCACCACGAUAUCAACGCAGUGCAUGCCACCGGACGACAUUCUUACGGUGGGAGGAGGAGGGGGUGGUUGGAGAGCGGAGAGGCGCCGGCGCCCUUGCUCUGCUGA